AAUACAUUCGAUCAGUCCGCCACCUCUAGACGGCGACCGUCAAAGAAAACCACAACGACUGGAUGCUGACAUCAUCCAAACGCGAAGAUGGAGAGCCACUGGAAAGUCUCGAAUACAAUUGUCUUUGGCACUUGGCAGCAAUGUGAGAAUAUUAAGAACUGAGAGAGAAAACACAGGGAAAGGGGCAGCAGCGAGCGAAGGAGUAGCGACAGAGAGAAGUCAAGCGUUGCUUGCUUGAACCCCACGCUUCUGGCAAUCAACCUUUUUCUUCUGUUAUCUCCCGAAUUUCGAUCCGAUCCACGCCUUAUAUAGCCCUGGGAAUUGAUAAAUCAGGCCGUCUUCCCCUCUUCGGCGCCUGAAUAUCCAAGACAUAAAUACUCAAAAGCUAUUACCGUUUUUUUUUCUUCUAUUUCAUUUUUAAGCAAAAGGAGAAAGAAGAUGCAUAUAUAUAAAAGAGAAUUUGGGGUAUGAGCAGGAGCAGCAGUUGCAGUUCCACUUGUGAGUAAUCACUUUUAUUAUUAUAUGCUAAUGACGAAGAAAGACGACACCACCACUCACGGCCGCCGCCGGUUCCUCCACCUGCUCGUUUCCAAUCAAUCAGCGGCCCAUGGAAUCUCUCACCUCCACUUUCUCCUUCUACUACUCUCGCUGUCGGUUCCAUUGGUAUCUGCGCAGCCCAGCAGUGAGAAUGAUCAACAGCCGUACAGGAAUUUUAACCCCUCCAUGGCCAUCAUCAUUAUCGUUCUCAUAAGCGCAUUUUUUUUCAUGGGUUUCUUCUCUAUUUACAUACGCCAGUGUGCCGAAGACCGCAACGGUGGCAGCAUCCGGCCGGCGAACAUGGUUGGACGGUCCCGAAGGGCUGCUCGGGGGCUUGACCCCGCCGUGAUCGAGACUUUCCCCACCUUCAUGUACUCCGUCGUCAAGGGGCUUCAAUUAGGGAAGGGAGCACUGGAAUGCGCCGUAUGCUUGAACGAGUUCGAGGACGACGAGACGCUUCGGUUACUCCCCAAGUGCGACCACGUCUUUCAUCCCGAGUGUAUCGACGCUUGGUUGUCUUCUCACACCACCUGCCCCGUCUGCCGAGCUAACCUCGUGCCGGGAUCGGGAGAAGACGCCGCCGCCUUGGAACAAGUGCCUGAUGAUACCAACGGAGAGUCGGAUGUGGAGAACCCGAGACCGGAGGUCAGAGAAGAUCAAAGUCAAGGCGGUUCUCUCCACGUAAUCGAGGAACAGAACACAGAGCAGCAGGCGGCGCCCGACGUCAUAAGUCCAUGUCAAGUCCCGAUUCAGAACCGGCCUCCAAGAGCGAAAUCAUCGAGAAGACCACGAUACACGGGGAAAUUCCCGCGGUCGCAUUCGACUGGGCAUUCGCUCGUGCAACCGGGAGAGAACUGCGACCGGUUCACUCUGCGGUUGCCGGAAGAGGUGAGGAAGCAGAUAAUGAAAGGGAGGCUGAACCGCACGACGAGCUGUGUAGCGUUUCCGACAGAGGGGAGCACGAGAAGGGGAUAUCGGAGCGGAGGAGAAGGGAGCAGCCGAGGGAAGAGUUACAACAAUAACAAUACCACCAGUCAGUUAGUAGAAGGGAUGGACCGCUCGGCAAAAUCGGACCGGUGGGUGUUCUCGAUGACGCCACCAUUCUUCACGAGAACAUUCUCGACUAGGUCGGCUAAGGCAGGAGCGGACGGAGAAGCAGCAACCACUCCGAAGGCAUUCUUUACGUCUGUGAAGACGCCGUUCGAUUGUCUCGGCGGGAAACCGGAAGGUGCCGAGUCGUCGUCGACCAGGCCGCCUGUUUGACGGUCGGCCUUAGAAUAUAAAACUACAUAGUUUUAAUUAUUUUAAAAGUCUGUUUCUUUUUUUUAUCUAAAAAAAAAACUCUUGCUCUAGGCAAUGGCCUUGUCGCCUUAGUUUAUUUUCUUUGUAAUUUGUUUGGCACGGAAACUAGGUUAGGUUUUGGCGGAGGAAAUGUACAUAAUAAUUUUUUGGUUUGUGAUGUUAAUUUAUAAUUAAUCUAAAUGUAUUGAUGUACCUUUCAUUAACUAUUGAUAUGUGAGGUUGUUUUGGGUGUUGGCAAGUUGGGCAUGCAGAUGAAGAUGUGAUGAACUGAUGAUAGAUAAAGGGAAAUUGGAAUGGCGACGACUGUUGUUUCCAAUGGGAUGAAGUUGGAGGGGGAAAAGUCAGUGUGGCAUGGAGAAAAAGAAAGAAGCUAGUGGAAUCCGUCUGCCUCUGCUGGUAUAUAAAACAGAGAGCAUUAGCUUGUAACUUUGAAUUUGGCUCUUCCAUCUUUAGCUUAUGGCAUGGAAGGAGCAGGUGGAGUGAAGAGAAGAGCCACCGGCCGGUGGUAAGCACGAUGGAUCAAUCACGUGAGCCAUGUUGUGAGGUGUGACUGAAUACCGGUGGCCGGUGGGAAAACAUGGCCAAGGAGCGGCAUCCAUAUUUUAGUGUGACUCAACCGAAAAGGCAUCUCCUUUUUAAUUGAAGAUAAAGAUAUCCCAUGCCACUCUCUUCUCGUGAGCUAGCGCCUAGCCAACAGCGAAGACCUUUGUGGGGUUCUCUCUCUGUGCCCACUUCCCAAAAAAAGCAAGGGUAAUGUGUAAUGAAGAGCUCGAGAGUCGAGAUUAGUGAAUCUAAUGUAAAUGUAGGCCUCGUUUGGUAUGUCUUUUCAUUCCGUCUCUAAGAUUAAGCGAGGGUAACGAGUAAUGAUGUGUUGUAUCUGCACAUGUCAAAUAUAUAUUAAGGCUGCAUUUGGAUGAAAUGUAAAUUAGGGUGUAAUUAUUAUCAUAUAAAAGGCAUUUGGAUGCAAUGUAAAUUAGGGUGUAAUUAUUAUAUGUCAAAAACUGUUUUAGAUCA